AUGCGAAGAAAAACCGUUAAACAUAAACCGUUAGGAAACUCGAUGUACUUCCUCCUUGGAUCAAGAUUGUUUAUAAACACUUCUAUUGCUAUCAUUCUUCUACGUUUAUCUGGUGAUAUUGAAAGUAAUCCUGGUCCUGUGUUUGAAAUCCCUGGUUGUUUAAAAAGGGGGCUCAAAGUAAGUCAUCUUAAUGUACGAAGUUUACUUCCGAAGAUUGAUUUGGUACGUAUGUUUAUCAGCAAGAAUCCAUUUGAUGUUUUUACCUUAUCUGAAACUUGGCUUAAACCUACAGUUACUGAUGCAGAAAUUAACAUACCAAACUAUCUAAUUACUCGUCAAGAUCGAACACGUGAUGAUUUAUGUAGUAAAACAAUUGAAACAUGUUGGAUUGAAAUUAUACGACCUCGUACGAAAUCAAUGUUUAUUUGCUCGGCCUAUGGACCGCCAGAACUUCCACUAAGUAAAUUUAUUGAGGAACUAAACAAAGAACUUGCCAAAAUUCCAGAAAACGCAGAAAUUGUUUUAUUGGGUGAUUUCAAUGUCGACUUCAAACAACGCUCAACGGAUAGAUCGCGCAUGCAAACACUUGCGCGAGCUCACUCGAUCGAACAAAUCGUUACGUCACCAACAAGAAUUACGGAAAAAACGCAAUCAAUGAUUGAUUUGAUUUUUGUGAACAAUAAUCCACGCGUUGUUUCUAGCGGAGUUUUUCCUUUGUCAAUCAGCGAUCAUUCCCUUAUAUACUGCACAAUUAAAGCUGGACUUCCUAAAUCUGGCGGAUGUUAUAGGGACAUUAAUUAUCGUUGCUACAAACAUUACAAUGAAGGCAAAUUUAGAGACGAUGUAGGAAAAUCAGAUUGGACUUUCAUUGACUCGUUAAAUGAUAUUAAUGAAAUUACCAAUAAGUUUUGCGAAACAUUUUGUGAAUCGGCCAAUAAGCACGCCCCUAUGAAAACCAAGAGAGUAAAAUCUAUCGUAAGAGCACCAUGGAUGACCCCUGAACUUCUUAACCUCAUGCGAGAACGCGAUUUUCAUUUAAAACAUGCCCAAAAGUAUAAUUCAGAAUACCACUGGAAUACCUACCGCGAUCUUAAGAAUUUCAUAAACCAGCAAGUUAAGAUAUGUAAAUCCAACUACUAUCAAAAUCUGAUCAAUGACAACAGAGAUAAACCUGCUGAACUUUAGAAAACAAUUAAUGAAGUCACUUCUCGCAAUCCAACUAAAACCACUCCUUCCUGUAUUAUCAGUGAAAACGUCCCGGUAAACGACCCACGUUCCAUCGCAACAAUCAUGAACGACUAUUUCUCAUCUGUAGGAUCCACGCUUGCGAACAAAAUUAAAGAUCUAAUCAAACCCAAACCGACUAAGACCACCGCUACAUCACCCCAUUCCUUUAAUUUCAAAGAAGUUGAUGAAGUGUCUGUGUUGCAGGAACUGAGUAAAUUAAGAACUACCAAAGCCACUGGUCUGGACGGAAUUAGUGCUAAACUACUUAGAAAUUCCGCCUAUAUAAUCGCACCAUAUUUGACCAAAAUUUUCAACCUCUCCUUACGCUGUGGCUCAUUUCCCGACAUCUGGAAGAAAGGUAGAGUUACUCCAAUUUUCAAAUCUGGAGACCCAACUUCAUCCAACAACUACCGACCAAUCACCAUUCUACCAACCUUGAGUAAGUUACUAGAACGAAUCGUCCAUCAUCAAGUUUACAAUUACCUGCAAGGACACAAGUUACUAGCUUCCCAACAAUUCGGUUUUCGCUCCAAACUGUCAACCACCAUUGCUCUGGCACAUUUUACUGAGCAGAUACUGGAUAAUCUCGAUCACAAAAAAAUCACUGGUGCCGUCUCUAUCGACCUAAGGAAAGCUUUUGAUACCGUAGACCAUACCAUCUUAUUGGAGAAAUUGAAAACAAUCGGUUUUACCUCGUCUGUUCUCGACUGGUUCUGCUCGUAUCUAUCAAACCGUACCCAAGUAACCAUGAUCAACAGUUCAAUGUCCCAACCCAAGCCAGUAACUGUCGGAGUCCCUCAGGGAAGUAUUCUUGGACCACUUCUCUUCCUUAUUUAUAUUAAUGAUCUACCUGAAUGCUUGACCCACUGCAAGUCGAUACUUUAUGCCGAUGAUACACUCCUUUAUUACUCUGCAGAAA